GGUUCAGCAGUCGGGAGGCGGGUCAUGUGUCAAAGGCUCGCACGCGGUGGCGUCCGCAACCCAGGCUCAGUCGUCACAUGACCGGCUUUUAGCCAUCAUGGCGGCGGCCGUGGUGCAGCGCUGGGGUUGAGCUGCAGCGAGUGUCGUGGGCUCCUGCCCGGGGUAGGAUCGUCGGUGGGACCAGAGCGCGGGCAGGCGCGGCCCCUGGGACCAUGGCUGGGUCCGAGAACGAGCCCUUCCUCAGCCAGGCGGACGACACUGACGACGGGCCGGUGCCCGGCACCCCGGGGUUACCGGGGUCCAUGGCGAAUCCGAAGUCCGCGGAUCCGGAGGUCCCGGACCGGGAGAAGCUGCAGCGCAUCACGGGCGUGUCUGCGGCCCAUUCGGCUCUCAUCGUGGCCGUGCUGUGCUACAUCAACCUCCUCAACUACAUGGACCGCUUCACCGUGGCCGGCGUCCUUCCGGACAUCGAGCAGUUCUUCGCCAUCGGAGACAGCAGCUCCGGCCUCAUCCAGACCGUGUUCAUCUCCAGUUACAUGGUGUUGGCACCUGUGUUUGGCUACCUGGGUGACAGGUACAAUCGGAAGUAUCUCAUGUGCGGGGGCAUUGCCUUCUGGUCCCUGGUGACACUGGGGUCGUCCUUCAUCCCCAGAGAGCAAUUCUGGCUGCUCCUCCUGACUCGGGGCCUGGUGGGGGUCGGGGAAGCCAGUUACUCCACCAUCGCGCCCACCCUCAUCGCUGACCUCUUCGUGGCAGACCAGCGGAGUCGGAUGCUCAGCGUGUUCUACUUCGCCAUCCCAGUGGGCAGUGGCCUGGGUUACAUUGCAGGCUCCAAAGUGAAGGAUGUGGCUGGGGACUGGCACUGGGCUCUGAGGGUGACACCGGGUCUAGGGGUGGUGGCGGUGCUGCUGCUGUUCCUGGUCGUACGGGAGCCGCCGAGGGGAGCCGUGGAGCGCCACUCGGACUCACCACCCCUGAGCCCCACCUCGUGGCGGGCAGACGUGAGGGCGCUGGCUAGAAACCCUAGCUUCAUCCUGUCCUCCCUUGGCUUCACUGCUGUGGCCUUCGUCACGGGCUCCCUGGCGCUCUGGGCUCCUGCGUUCCUGCUGCGUUCCCGCGUGGUCUUGGGGGAGACCCCGCCCUGUCUUCCUGGAGACUCUUGCUCCUCUUCUGACAGCCUCAUUUUUGGGCUCAUCACCUGCCUGACUGGUGUCCUGGGAGUGGGCCUGGGCGUGGAGAUCAGCCGCCGCCUUCGCCACUCCAACCCCCGGGCUGACCCACUGGUCUGUGCUGCUGGCCUCCUGGGCUCUGCGCCCUUCCUCUUCCUGUCCGUGGCUUGUGCCCGUGGCAGCAUCGUGGCCACUUAUGUUUUCAUCUUUAUUGGGGAGACACUGUUGUCCAUGAACUGGGCCAUUGUGGCUGAUAUUCUGCUGGUAAUGGUGAUCCCUACAAGGCGCUCUACCGCCGAGGCCUUCCAGAUUGUGCUGGCCCACCUGCUGGGUGACGCCGGGAGCCCCUACCUCAUCGGCCUGAUGUCCGACCGCCUCCGCCGGAACUGGCCCCCCUCCUUCUUGUCCGAGUUCCGGGCCCUGCAGUUCUCGCUCAUGCUCUGCGCCUUUGUCGGGGCGCUGGGCGGGGCGGCCUUCCUGGGCACCGCCAUCUUCAUUGAGGGAGACCGCCGGCGGGCGCAGCUGCAUGUGCAGGGUCUGCUGCACGAGGCCGGGCCCGGAGAUGACCGCAUCGUGGUGCCCCAGCGAGGCCGCUCCACCCGGGUCCCGGUGUCCAGCGUGCUCAUCUGAAGGGCCGUCGCUCACCUACCUGCACACGGCCACAGCUGG